GCCAGAGUGGCUGCUCGCUGCGCUGGGACACCGAGGCGCUUUCGGCGGUCCUGGAGAGGUCGCUGGCCGCCGGCGGGGCCACGUCGCACCCGCUUUUCCGGCCACCCUCGCGGCAGCCGCCGCUGCACCCCGUGCUGCUGUCGGAGCCCAACGGCCGCAGCCGGGGCUACCGGGAGGCGCUGGCCGAGCUGCUCUUCGAGGGCCUGGCGGUCCCCGCCGCGUGCCUGGAGCCCAGCGCCGCGCUGACUGCGCUGUCGUUCGGGCGCACGGGCGCCACGGUGGUCGACGUGGGCGCGGGGGUCACCUCGGUAGCGCAGGUCCAGGACGGGCGCGUGGUGCCUGCGCGCCUCCGGGAGCACCCCUUCGCCGGGGCCGCCCUCGACGACGCGCUGGCGGGCCUCCUCGCAAGGCAGGGCGUGGAGCUCCUGCCAGCGGCGGCCGCCUCGGAGCCGCGGCGGCAGAGCGCCGCCAGGAGGCUGGCGCAGGACAUGAAGGAGACGAUCUGCUGGUGCAGCCACGUGCCGCUGGCGGAGGCGCCUCCGUCGGAGCCGUUCAUGCACACGCUGCCCGACGGCCAGGAAUUGGCGACGCGCGCGGGCCCAGACCCCCUCGCUUCACGAGCAAAGCGCGACGGACGGUUCUUUCGCCUGCUCUCGGCCUCUUGUGGCCCUGGGGCCGUCCACAAACGACUCGGGGCGAAACGCUGGUCCUGGGGAAAGGAUCGAGAUCUCUGGGUGGGGGUCGACGUAGUGAAACACAAGUCAUCACAGUCAACCCGGACAGUGAGGAUGGGCAGCCUUCUCAAGGGUACCCUUGCAUCCUUGCCUCCUCGGCGCAUCCUUGGCCACUCUCGCUGGCCGCGCCCC